AUGGAUGUCUGCUUUGUCUGGAACUUUGACGAUCUCGGCACAACUCGAGGAGCUUCUGACCAAAACUUGAUUCACCUCAUUUUGACUCUGGUUCUCCUAUAUGACUUAGACAUCUCUCCGACCAUAUUAAUGACGGUUGACUUGGCUUAUGGGUUCCCUAUCCGUCGUACCCUGCACACCCACUCGUUACUCGCCCUGUCACUCCCCGCCGAUUCCAACCAAUCCGUAAUGACCACGACUGUAACCACGGGAAAGAGCCUUCCGACCAUCCCUACUUCCUUCCUCCACCCCUCACUGAACCUCUCCAAAACCACUUCACGACACGCACUUAAGCGUAAAUGCAAACAUGCUCCCACUUCGACAGCUACGCCGGAUGAUCCACCUCCAGAGUUGCUAUCCGGGAAAUCAACGAGACGCAAACCAGCUCUAUUUCGCUCUUCUACUUCGGACGAAGACAUACGAACUAUGCUCGCCCGAAUCGAUGCAGCUAUUGCCAUCACACCCGCAUCCCCUUUGCAGACCGAGGAGUACGGGCCUAUAGGAGAGUACGACCACCCGGGAUCUGGAUCGAACCCGAGUCCAAGUCCGAGAUCGAAGUGGGUUGUCGGUGGGGGCAGCGGAAGCGGAGGAAGCAGUUCAAAGAGCAGUAUACGCACUGGCAGCAUCGAUGGUGCGACAGACCCUCUUCGCGGUAGGAAACCUACGAAGCGACCCUCUCUCAACCGGGAUCGAUUUGAAUCUGAAUCCGAGCUGUUCCCUCUACCUCCCAGUCCCAAGUCGAAGACGAAGGCGAGGAGCGGGGGAAAGGAAGACUUGAAACCGGGAGGUCCUGACGACUCCAGGGAUGAUCACGACGAGGGAGGAGGGGAGAGCCCCGUGCAAGCGGAGGAGGUACCCCAUUGGACAGCUGUAUUGGAAUCGACCAUCUCCACCCCAAUUUCAACUCCCCGGCCACACCUCAAUGAAAGAGGGUCAGAGAAGCGGCUCAGUUUCCCCCUCUCCUCGGGACCUGGAACGGAUCCAGACACUAGCUGCAACUCAUCAGCGCCAGAGUCGGACGCCCUUAUCUACGAAACAACUCGACCUCCUGCUACCACUGGGUCGUACCUUCUGGAGACACGGUCUACACCUACGGACGUACCUGAAUCUGUGGAGACUGGAACGGGGGAUGAGGAUGCAUAUGCUGAUGCCAGCUCGGAGAACGAACCUGUCCCCAGUAGAUGGAACCACAGUGAAGCGGAUAUUGAAGGCUACAGUUCAACAAACGUCGAGGAGAUCUUUCGGUCCAUCUUUACCAGGCCUCGUAUCUGA